AUGGCGAACGUGGUUCUAGAGUUCAAGGCGUCCGCCGGUGACUCUGACCCGCAGACUCGGCCCGUUCUCAUCAUCGGUCAGCAUUGCAACCUUCAGCAAGUGGACUGGGGCCAAAUUCAAGGCAAACUCCAGCCCGUCGUCAGCAAAGAGACAUGGCAGGCCGCACUGAACGCUUUGAGCCCCAAGCCCACGGACAGCUGUCCUCUGUACCUGAAUUACGCGGCGGUGGCCGCCAUUCCUUCGCGCGUCAGCAGGCACAACAGCCCCUCUUCUGCCCACUUUAUUUCCCGCCUGGUCCGCUCCUGCCUGCCCGGAGGGAACGACCGCUGCGUGGUGAUGGUGUGCGAGCGUUCGGACGCCUUUGCGUCGUCCUGCGCCAUCUCCAGAGCCUUUCCCAUCUUCUCUCGCCGCUCCGCAUCCUCGCGCAAGGCCGAGAAGAAGCGCGUGACGGUGGAGUUUGUGAUCGUGGGCCAAGGCGCCAACCAGAUGGAUGAAGCCGAGCUGGAGUGUCUCUCCAACGCUGCGGACGGCGUGCGUCUGGCGGCUCGCAUCGUGGACACUCCGUGCAACGAGAUGAACACGGACCACUUCUUGGACGAAAUUAAAGCGGUCGGAAGUGAACUGGGAAUAACCCCCGUCAUCAUCCGCGGUGAGGAGCUGAAACAGAAAGGCUUCGGAGGUAUUUACGGUGUGGGCAAGGCGGCGGAGAAUCCUCCCGCGUUGGCGGUCCUGAGCCACACGCCGGAGGGCGCCACUCAGACCAUCGCGUGGGUGGGCAAAGGCAUCGUGUAUGACACCGGAGGGCUCAGCAUCAAGGGAAAGACCACAAUGCCGGGCAUGAAGAGAGACUGCGGCGGAGCCGCCGCCAUCUUGGGAGCUUUUCAAGCUACCGUCAAACAGGGUUUCAAGGACAACCUCCACGCCGUGUUUUGCCUGGCGGAGAACGCCGUCGGACCGACGGCCACGCGGCCCGACGAUAUCCACACGCUCUACUCCGGAAAGACUGUGGAAAUAAACAACACUGAUGCAGAGGGAAGGUUGGUGCUGGCCGACGGUGUGGUGUACGCCAGCAAAGACCUCUCCGCUGAUAUUAUCCUGGACAUGGCCACGCUGACGGGAGCGCAAGGUAUUUCUACAGGGAAGCACCACGCGGCGGUGAUGACCAAUAGCGAGCGGUGGGAGACGGCGUGCGUGCGCGCCGGGCGAAGCAGCGGCGACCUCGCCCACCCUCUGGUUUACUGCCCUGAGCUGCACUUCACCGAGUUUGCCUCCGCUCUCGCCGACAUGAAGAAUUCAGUCGCCGACCGCGAGAACGCUCAGAGCUCCUGCGCCGGCCUCUUCAUCGUGUCGCACCUGGGCUUCGAUUGGCCCGGCGUUUGGGUCCACGUCGACAUCGCCUCUCCCGUUCACGCCGGAGAGCGAGCCACCGGAUUUGGCGUGGCGUUGCUGAUGGCGCUGUUCGGUCAGGCUUCCGACGACUCGGUGCUGAAUGGAGUUUCUCCUCUGGGCGCCGCCUCCGACGUAUUGGACGAGCAGAUGGAGCAGGACUGCAAAAGGAGAAGACUGGUGUAG